AUGAGGAGUCUCCACAUAUUCACACUCAUUGCCCUCAACACAAGUGCUGUCGCAACAAUUACCCAUGGUAUUUUUGAAACAGCUGAUUUCAACGUUCCGAAAGCACUUAUUGACAACGGCUUCAAUGUGUCCUCCAUACUAGGGCUAUCCAGCUUAGUCAAACGGUCUCCGCUGGAAGGCUGCUCGAUCGCCUGCGAUUCAUUGAAGUUCGUUGUUGGAGACUGGAAGCUAUCACAAGAAGCGCCGAAAACGUAUUGGUCACAGCAGCAGCUCAGUGUAAAGCCCCGUUGCACGUUCAUUCCAACAGCAGCCUUGGAGGUGUCGACUCUAUUUUUGCUUUCACGCUUGAUACAGUAUCCAUUUUCCGUCAAAAGUGGGGGACAUGCUGCGUUUCCUGCAUCGAAUAUUGAGGGUGGUAUUACAGUCGAUCUGGUGGAAUUGAACAAGCUCGUGCUAUCCGCUGAUAACAAAACUGUCGCUGUCGGUCCCGGAAACCGCUGGAAAAAGGUCUACGACUACCCCACUCCCUACAAUCUCGCAAUGGUUGGUGGACACGCUUCGACGGUUGGAAUCGGUGGUCUCACGCUCGGCGGUGGCAUCAGUCACCACACUAACAAGUAUGGCCUCGCAUGCGACAAUAUCGCAUCCACACGCCAAUACAACGCCACCCACAUCCCCGCACUAUUUGACGCUUUUGGAAACACGGUUCAGGACGCCGAGGUGGAUACAAAGGCUGCGCACUUUGUCGCCGUCGCGUACAAUUCGGGAUACAGGACUGCAUCGGCAGAGUACGAAUACUUUGAACCGGUUGACGUGUCGAAUCCACCGGCCAUUCUCAACGACUAUCUUUCGAUCCCUGCUCUUAAUGAAGCCACCAAGGAUACCAUAUUGGCCGAGAUUACGUUGGGGCUGACUGAGAGCAUGCCGGCUGGCUUACGCACAACGAUUUUCCCGGUGGCGGCGCCCCCUCGAUCGCCUUCCAAGCUUUUACUUAAGCCCGUGCUGAGGGUUAUGCAGAGGAAGGGCGGCAAUGCGCUGGGUCUGCGCCCAGACGGUGGACCCUUCUUCAACGUCCUGCUCUACCUGGCCUGGACGGACGAGAAGGACGACAAGACCAUAUACGAGACGGAACAGGACUUUCUGGACGCGUCGACAGCAAAAGCCAAGCAGCUGGGUGCAUACAACGAUUACAUGUACAUGGCGUACAGCAGCCCCUACCAGCCCGUUAUAUCCGGCUACGGAGCUGACAGCGUGGCAAGACUAAACAAGGUCUCGAGCAAGUACGAUCCCAAGGGUGUGUUCCAGACGUUGCAACCAACAUCGUUCAAACUCAAUGGGGAAGCCCCAUUUGGCGCCGUCGUCGCCAUAUAA